GAGAUCAGACAGCCCUGGGUCAUACAAGCGUGGCUUCUCUAUAUAAUCUACGGGGUAUACGCAAGCGAAGCAGGCCUAUUCCAGGCCGUGAAAAAGAUGCUGCGGCAACUUGUUGAUGUUGUACACGAAAUUGGUCUGUCCCAACAGGGUAUCGCUAUGCCGGAUGCCCAGUCUUGGAUGUACCAACUUGAUUUCAACUCACCCGGAGAUGAUUCACAAACUCUCUAUACGCGGUGGACGUCAUAUAUUACCACCGAAUCGAUGAGACUGUCGCUGUAUACUCUAGUCUUCCUAGAUUCACACACAUUUUCGCCUUGCAAUUCUCGGCCUUUGAUGUCACCAAUGGAACUUGGCUGGGAACUUCCCUUCCCUAUCAAUCUGUGGGAAGCCAAAAACUCUCAGAUAUGGCUUCUGAGAUUCAAUGAAAACUUCGGACUUUCGACUUUUACAAUAGCCAACAGUCUGUUACACGGGCCACGCGGCCUAGGGACGGCCUCUCUGACGAUUGCUACUCAGCAACUCAUGACAGAAACACCCGACCCACAACUUUUAGCAGCUCUAGAAGCAUCCCCCUUCGCCGCAUUUUGCGUUCUGACGAACAUGGGCGCUCUUGUGCGGGACUUUACGCGGUGUUACUAUCAAAUGCCGCCAAGCCCGUCCGAUCCGAAUCCGUUCCAUAUUCUGACCCAGGGUCAGAAUAAACAAGUACAUGCAGCAAUAGAAGCAAUCACGAAAAUUGUUAAGAAGCAGGCUUACACCGGUGACAGCCCCCAGUUUCUCCUAUGGAGAACGAAUGAGCUCUUCAUCUCCUCUAUCAAGAUCAGUCUAUGUCGCCCUGAUCAGCUCUUAAUAGCAGGUAUUGUGGAUAACAGCUUGAUAGCUGGAAUGGCUGCUUCCACCCAUCUGACCCAAGGGAACCUUGUCGCGAUUCGGCGGUCAGCACCUCUUGUUCCUCGCCACGUCGGUGGUGACGAGGGCAUUGUGGCUCUUCUGAAUGAUUUAUCUGGGGCAUUAUCUAUCAUCUUCGGGGAGGAGCAGGAUAAAGUGGUCCGCGAAGCCCCCUGGGUCACGGUGGCCAGUUAUGGUGUUUUACUAUGUAUCUGGGGAGCGCUCAAACGCGCAAGCACUGAUAUCCGUCACCACUUGGACACUUUCAACGAACUCCCAAGGAUCUCUGAAUCCUGUAUGUUGAUCUUCAACACCCUUAUGGAGUCCGCUCUUCUCCAUUUGCCCGCAGAUAAUGCCGUGACCCGAGACCCUCGCUUAUGGACCAUGAAUCGAGAGGCUUUCGUCAGUCUGCUCGAUGAAGGCGAGUCACUGUUUGUCAGUUUAAUCAAAACCUUCUGUCAGCGAAGGUCCCUAUGGGGGAUCGGGCCUUCCAUGCUGGCUGUAUUGGGCGAAAUCCCAGGAACUGGGGCCGAGUAA